AUGAUGGCAGCUGGCGCUGAGCAGAUGGCGGCAGCUGGCGCUGAGCAGAUGGCAGCGGCUGGCGCGGUGCAAGCGGCGGCAGCUGGUGAUCGGCAGAUGGCGGCUGCGGGCGCUGAAGGCGAUGCAGCACAGGCGCUUGGGGCGAGAGGAGAUGCAGCUGAGAGAGGCCUGGAACUGGUUGGACAAGAACUUGUACCAGCUUCUCAAGCCUUGGCCUUGAGGACACCGGAUGGGUUGGAGAAAGGGCGAGGGUCAGACGCUGCAAAGGGCUCUAGGUCACCAAGGGCAGCCACAGAACCAGUUAGCCAGGGUCAGAAGUCAAAGGAGGGUUCAGUCAGAGGCCAAAAAGGAACCCCAAAAGAAAUAGAAUCAGAGAAGCGUCAAGAGAUGGCAACACCCAGUGGACAGCCAGUUUCACUAGGUCCCCAUUCCUUUGUGACACCAGAGGGACAGGUCCAAAGUAUGUUGCCACUUUUUUCACCAGAGCAGACGGUGAAACUUCAUGAGAUCCACCAGAUGCCUUUUGCAUCGCCUGCGGCUUCAUGGAAUGGUCCUGCCGUUGGAGAACAUGGACACGGGGGAGCUGAGCGACAAGCAGUUCCAGGUUGGUUCACAGGGUUGCUUCAAUCAGUAGGAUCUCAGCAAGGUGAACAUGAGGCGAGGCAAAGGGAUUACAUGUGGAGAAUGCAAGUUGAGCAUGGCAUAGAACAUCUAGGGGUUCAGUUGCGUGCGGCACAGCAUGAAAACCAAAGACUUCGUCAAGAGCGUCAAGAGUUGUUGGAAGCCUUGGAAAAGAAGGGAUCGUCGAGGUUUACCACACCAGAUGACAAAGCAGCCAGCAUGUUAAAAAAGGAGGAAGGGGCAGAGUCCCGGCAAGAAAGACCUUCCAAGGAGGAAGGGGCAGGUGCCCGGCAAGGAACACCUUCUAAGGAGGAAGGGGCAGAGGCCCGGCAAGACAGAUCUUCUCAGGAGGAUGGGGCAGAAGCCCGGCAAGAACAGUCAGAGAGCGAUUCGUCUCCUGAGGAGCCGCAAAGAGCAAGCAGGCCAAAGGAGAGCGUUGACAAGCAGUCCAUGAGGAUCAUGCUCAAGUUGAUGGAGGGCAUGCAGGAGCUUCAGAAACAGAUUGUGAUCUCCAAGGAGGAAGGAAAAGGUGAUGAGAUUGAAGUGGUGCGCUAUGUGGCGGAUCUCCCAAAACUUGCUGAAUGGAAUCCGGAGACGGCGCCCAUCGAUUUUGGUGAUUGGGUGAUUUGUCUGCAUCCUCAUAUGGCAGACUUGAGCUCAACGAGUGAGAUGUGGUGGGACUUGACCCUCUCAACAGCGAGGACUUGGUAUGAUCACCACAUGAAGCUAUCGCCAAUUGAGAGGUUGACGAGCACACCAAGGCCUACACCAGAGUUGCAGCAGAAGAAGUGGUCCCGGCUGGAAAGAAGGGCUUCGUCCUUGCUCUUGAAUGCGUUGCCGCAGACGAUGAAAGAGGAGGUGAUUGCGGCGAAGUCCAUCACAGCUUUGGGCAUUUUGUCUCGUGCGAUGCUGCAGUUUCAACCUGGAGGGCUGACAGAGAGAAGCGCUAUUUUGACGGCGCUGGAAGCACCUAUGGAAGCUGCAACCGUGGGUUCAGCCAUCCAACAGCUGAGACGUUGGAUGAGAUGGAAGCGCCGGGCCCUUGAAGUUGGAGUUUCAAUUCCAGACAGUUCAAUUUUGAUGAAGGGAUUGGGACGUUUGGUGAGGAAAAUUGUUUCCAGUUACCCAGAUCUCAACUUCCGCUUGUCGUUGGUCAAGAGCUCAUUGUUGGUGGAGACAGUUCCAACGUUGGAGACAGUGACCCAGUACAGCGAACACCUUCUUGCAGAGCUGGAGCAGAUGGGACAGCAGGCAAAAAGGAAGGAAGUGAUGGCAGAGAGCCAGCCAAAGGUGAAGAAGUUUGAGGAAGCCUCGGGAAGCAAGCCUGAAGAAAGGACCAGGCCGAAGGGGAAGCCUCAAGAGGAGUUUGAAGGGAGGAGGAAACCAUGUAGGUUUUACCUCACAGACUCAGGUUGCCGAAGAGGUAGAGGAUGUCCUUUUGGACACCAGUUGGAUGGAGAAAGAAGGUGUUGGACAUGUGGAGGAAAGGACCAUAUGGCCACAGCCUGUCCGACCACAGAGGAGUCCAAGCCGAAGGCAGCAAAGUUUGGUUCCAAGACUGCAGAGAAGGAUGUGAAGUCCGCUACAACAUCUCCUGAAAAGUCCGAGGAGCAGUCUGAGGCCACGGGUAAUGGAGGAGAAGAAACUAUGAAGUCGUUGCUGGAUGAAGCAAGUCGGAUGCUCAAAUCAAUGAAUGAAGGAGAUGUCAAAGAAAAGAGACAGAAAGGGGAGGACGCACAAGAAAGGAUCUUGGGCCUACAGAAGCAGCUGGAUGAGCUCAAGAAGGCUUCUAUGCGACCCUUUCGCAUCUCCAAGUUGUGCCCAAUGGUGAACAAGGGCUUACUGGACUCAGGGGCAACACACCCUUUGCGAGCCAAAAGAAAGGGAGAACGUCUUCACCAUCUACCAAAGGUCAAGGUGACGCUGGCAGGUGACAAGGAGAUCUAUAUGGCACUCACUCCAACGGGAGUCAUUGUGGGCGAAGAAGGCACGGAGCCCAUAGUGCCCAUGGGAUUGCUGACUGCAGUCCUUGGAUGUGAAAUCUCAUGGAAGCCAGAAGGUCUUCAGGUGGUGCACCCAGUGCUUGGCAAGUUGGAGGUGGUGGUUGAAGCUGGAUGUCCAAUGGUAUCACAGUCCACGGCCAUGAAGCUCAUCGAGGAGAUUGAGGCCAUGAAGGUUGUGAAAAGUUUGAAAACGGGGGAGGACUCAGAAGAGGCCUACCCGCUCUUGUUGAGGGCAGCUUUGGAUGGAUUGGUGAAGGGUUGGAUAGCCGGGCCUCUGAGAAGUUGGAAUGGAGGGGAGUUUGGCAUAGAAGGGCUUUCGAACUUUGAGAAAGAGCAGGUCACCUUGGAUGACACGUUGCUCAUGCGGUUUUUGGUUCUCUACAUUGUGUCAGAGACGGUGCGCAGAGCAGCUGGGCUAGAGACACCCACCACUUUGAUCCUGGAGCAGCCUGCCUCACCUGAACACAAGCCUGAAGUGGUGUCGCUUUGGAGAACACCUCAAUGGAAGAGCUUGGCCGAGAUCUAUGAGCUGCAGACCCAGCGUUUUGACCAGUCAGAGUUUGGGGCCAUAGCUACAAAGCCAACGACUAUAGGAGGAAAUCUGCCACUUCAAGUACCACUUCAAGGAAAGAAAGGGCAACCACGUGAUGUCUCUGGAAUGACCAAGGCAGAGAUCUGCGAAUCGUCCAGGAGAUUGUCACGGUGGCCACCCUUGAUGAUGAGGUCCAUUGCUGUUGCUCUCCAAACCUGCACCAUGGGCGAAGAGGUCAAGUUACGGGCAGUUUCAUGGCAGGAGCACAUUGCAGCAGGCCAUACUCCUUUUAGAAGAGAUUGCAGAGUGUGCCAAGAGGCCUGUGCGCGUGAUGCUCAUCAUCGGCGGCAGAAAUUGCCACCAAAGGCGGGUGUCCUUAGUGUGGACAUCUCAGGACCUUUCAAAGAAGCACCUGAUUUGCAGAAGAAGAAGGCGAAGUAUCUCCUGGUAGCCAGCUUCACUUGGACAGCCAGGAACCAAGAUGGAGAGGAGGAGGUUGAGGAGAUACCUGAAGUUCCCCCAGAUGCGCCGGAGAUUGAGGAUCCAGAAGCAGAGGAGGAGCUACAGCAGAUUGCAGAUCAGGUUGAAAACCCAGAAGAAGGCCCAAAGGAGGACACAUCAGAGGAGCUUGAAGAAAGAAAGCCGGUGAGGAUUGAGGUCACCAAGCUUUGCGAGCCUUUGGCAUCAAGGAGCCAAGAGGAUGUGUCCAGGGCGAUCAUCAACAUGUACAUGCGUCUGAGAGCAGACGGGUAUCGAGUGACACAGCUGCAUAGCGACAGAGGAGCUGAGUUCAGAUCGAGGAUUUUGGAAAAAUGGUGCCUGUCACGCACCAUCCUUCAGACGUUUACGCCUGGGGAUCAGCCCCAAAUGAAUGGACGUUGUGAAGCGAUUGUCCAGCACAUCAAGGCAGCCAUCAGGCGGACACUUCAUGGAGCUGAAGCACCUUUUGAUCGCUGGCCAAUUGCGCUGACGAAGAUGGUCAUGCAGGGCUUGAGUGAACCACCAAAGUUGGAGGAUUGGAUUGGAGUUGAAGAUGCCUUGAACCCAAUCGAAGAGAGGAGAAGAAUCAGACACAAAGCGUCCAUAUACAUGCUGGAGGUUGAGGACGCCGCGGAAGCAGAUGAACUUGAGAACCAAGAAGGAGAUGGCAGAUCACCAAGUUUUGAGGAGGAAGAAAAGGAUGCAUGGGCCAAGAAACAAAGGGUCCAACGUUUGAUAGAGGAGGAGAUGGUUGAGGCCAUGGAAGAUGAUGAGAAAGUUGCUGGCAUGGUGCUGGAUUCCAUCACCAUGGUCAAAGAGUUGAUUGGACCUGAGAAAGGAGAAGAAGUUUUGCAGACACGCAUUGUGUCACAAGCUGAAGUUCGCCGUUCCAUUGAGGUUUGGAGGCCAUCCAUCGAGAAAGAGCUGACCUCCUUGUUUGAGACGAAAGGGGCGCUGAGAAAGAUCACAGAAGCUGAGGUGAAGAAGCUGCUUGACGAAGAUCGAGCAGAACUUAUCCCUAGCAAGCUGGUCUUCACAGUCAAGCCAGAUCAGACCAACAAGGGUGGCAAGAAAAAGACACGAUUGGUGGCUUGUGGGAACUUCUCAGAAAGAGAAGAAGGGCAAGAUCUCUUUGCAGGCGGAGCAUCAGCAGUGGCACUUCGAGCUGCAUUGACGGUGGCAUCACAAUUUGGUUUUGAAGGGAGCGUCAUGGAUGUGAGGACAGCAUUUUUAAAUGCUCCAAUGGUUUUGUCCGGGUCAAAGGAUGAGAAUGGGGAGAAGAUGGAGCCUAGAAGAGCCAUCAUCCGCCAUCCUGCUCUUCUCAUUUUGGCUGGAUUGGCCAAGCCAGACGAAUUCUACGAGGUCAUCAUGGCCCUCUACGGCUACAAGGAGUCACCCAAAUUGUGGUCAGACUACCGUGAUCAGGAGAUUGCAAAGAUGGAGUUACCAUGCGAGGGUGGCAUUUUGACUUUGCAGCAAAUGAUCACGGAGCCAAACAUGUGGAGAAUGAUGCUGAAGCAACCAGGUCCCAACUUGCAGACGAAUGAGGAAGAGUUUGUGGGACUACUUUUGGUCUAUGUGGAUGAUCUUCUGGUCCUUGGUUUUCCCUCAUCCAUCGCUGCAGUCAUUCAAGGGGUGCAGGCGAAAUGGGAGACAUCGGAGCCAGAGACCAUCAACAUGCAGAAGGAGGUGAGAUUUUUGGGCGCGGAGCUAUGGAGAAGAGAAGAUGGAGCCUGUUGA